CGCAAUCGCACUUCGCGCUCGUGACUUCUUGCCAUGUGCUUUAAAGUGUAAAAACGUGGGUAAUAUUUUUUGCUUCCUUAUUAAUAUCUGUUAGAAAACAGACACCAUGUCUAUUGAUGAGGAGCGAAAUAAAAAGCGCAAGUUCGCUUCUACUUCAUCCAAAGAGCUACUCUAUUCCGAAUAUGUCGGUACUUCAGUGGCUGAACAUGCUAUUGAGUUACUUGAAGCUAAAAAUUACAAGAAACCUGCAAUGAAAUUUCAAAAAAGUGCUGUACUUAGUAGAAUCCAGAAUCUACUGCCAUUGAUUGAAAAAGGUGAAGAACUAGCAGACAAGAAUGCCGAUGUUAACAUAGAAAAUGUGGAAGAGGAUAAACCUUAUGUGGAAAUGAAUGUAACUUGCAUAAAUGAACCAGUUGAAAGUGAUGCUGAGAAAGAAAAUUCCUGUUCAGAUUUGGAGGCAAAAGAAAAUAAAGUUAACCUCCCACCAACUGUUGAAGUGAUAGAAAACCACGAAAAUCAAAAUUUGUGUAGUGGUGAUGACACAUCUAAUGUGGAUAGCUUUUCCGAACAAUUGGAGAAUGGCAGCCCUGUUCAUUUAAAAAAGACAUGUAUCAUGUCUGAACUGGAGGAUGGAGAACAUUCUUCUGACUGCACUGAUUCUGGUUCUAGUGAAGAUAGUGAUCAGGAAGUUGAAAUUUUGAUUAAUUCUUGUAAAGCUUUACGAAAGAAGAAACUAGACAGGAGUGUAUGAUUUUUGUUAUAAAGCUUUUGUACAUAUUUUAUUUUCAUUAUUUUUUUGCUUUUGAGUCCUGUUCAACCCUUGGGGACCAAGCAAUCAUAUAAAUGUGUUUCUUUUUAGGAAAUAUGUAGCCCUAAAAAUUGAAGUGAUCUAAUCUUCUUCAAACUAAUUAUUAAAAAGUAAAUGUUGAAAAUGUCAAAUUAUUAAUUAACUACUGAUGUUAUUUACUCAUUGUUAUUGAGACUUUCUCUAAGGCUUUAAAUACAAUGAAAUCCUGUUACAACAAUUACCAAUACAAUGAAAUAUUUAGUCCCCAUUUAAAUUCCAUUACUUUGCUUGAGAUUCAUGAUAAUGCAAUUCUCGUUAACCGGAUUUCACUGUUUAUGUAACAAAAGCUGCUCAGCCCGAGUUUGCUAGGUACACCUCAAAAAUAAAAGUUAUAUCAAGUGACACAUACUCAAAAAUUAGGCUGGAAAAAGAAAACUAAAAUUUCCCGUCAAAAUAAUGAUUCUUAAAUUUUGUUAACGGCAAAUCUGAAAGUCAUAACUAAAAUCCUAUAUUAUCUUUUAAAAAAAAGAUAAAUCUCUUCUUUAAAUCUCAGCAAAGAAUGCUUAAAUUACGAUUAAGUUCAAAAAUCCUUAGUCUUAUCCAGCAUUAUUUCCCCCCAAAAUCUGCGUUAUUAAGAGAAGGGAACUGCAAUGUUCUAAAAACCAAACGUGUGUGUUUUCUUAAUGGUAAACAUAAUCCAAAAAUUUUUAUUUUAUGUUAAAAACAUAGCUGCUGUACUUAUUUCUUUAAAACUAUCGUUGAAGAAAUUUUAAUUUAUUUUCAACUGGAGAUGAAACACACUGAGGCAUUUAGAAAGAUAUGAAAAUGUGUAGCAUUUUGCUAAAACUUUCCCCUUAAUUUUAGCUUUUACGCUAAAGAACUUUUGAACGUAGCUUAAACCCUGAUGUAGUAUUAAUAAAUCCAUAAACGCAUUGGUAAUUAGCUAUUCAAUCUCAGGCUGAAAAUCAAACAAAAAUUCUUUUGUAGGGUUGUGGGCGCUUGGAACAGCUUACCAUAAAAAGCUGUAAUGAGUGUGGUUGGAUAGCUAGUAGGAUAGCUUUAAAAGCGCUGUUGCUCUUGAUUGGGGUAUAAUACUAAACUAACUAGGGCCAGCCUAGCUGGGCCCAGAGCCUGUUGUUGGUUGCCAGAUUUGUAUUUGUACAAAGACAAAACUGCAGUCAUUGGUGGUAUAACCGAACUGUCAGUGUAUUGAAUGUAUUUCUGCCUUAGCCUGGGCUUAAGGCCUUACUGCUUAAUGACUUACUUGGUAGUACUGAGUUUGAACGUUCAUUAUUCUUAUUUUUCAAAAUGUUUCAACUUCAAAAAGUUUGUUUCAAUUAGAAAAAAAUUUAAAUCCCAUUUCCUAAGAAAUUGAAGUUCAUUUUUUUUAAACUGUUAAUCUGUAAAUAAUUUGUUGUAAUCUAAGUUUCAAGCAAUUAAUGUGUCAAUGUUAAAAUGUUUGCCUGUGAAAAUACAAACAAUAAGUGACACUAUUAAAAGGAAAUAUUUAUUUUAAACUUUUGCAUUUAACCAAAUAAGAUAAUAAAUCAAAACUACUAGCAGAAUGAAGCAUCUCAAAGCAAAAUAAACUGAUUGCAGUCACAUCAAAACAAACUUAUUUCAUGCAAAAUUCAAAUACCAUUGAAAAUGUUUCACACUAAACAAUGAUCAAGAAGGAUUGCAUGUAAGUCAGAAUUCAUAUUGAUAAAUGUGCACUUAUGAAGUACAUUUUACCAAAACCAUUUAUAUUCAAAUUCCUUUUCAGCACAAUGUAUUAAGCUCACACUUAAAAGAAUAAAAUUAUUUUAGACACAAUGCUGUUUCAAAAUUAUCAGGAAGAAAACAACCUGGCAGUGCUGACAUUCCGACACUCAAAAUACCAUUUGAGAACCCUUAACAAGUUAAAGCUCAAUUGAUGCUGUGGCGUGAGUAUAAUUAAUUACAUAAUUAAUAAAAUUCUUUGCAAAAAGAGGUACAGAAAGUGGAAAAACACACAUUAGGUUACAUUUAAGUAUAUUUUUUUAUCUAAAGCACCAACUAAGCUUUCAUUCUUUUCAAGUUUAGCGGUUGAUUUCUUUCCAUCAAAAAAACAAUAUUUUUCCUUUAUUUUUGUAGGUUGGGUGAAUUUAAGAACAGAGUUUAAAUGUUGAAACAUAAUUUAAUAAAAAGCCAAUGUUUAUUGAUUUUAUAAGGCUCAUCAAUGUUUUGACAUAAUUUAAAGUUUGUAGGAUAUAAUUUUAAUGCAAUGUACUGAUAAGUUAUUUGAAUUUAUUCUAAGUUUAUAUUAUGAGCAGUUAUGUAUUCAUAAAAAGUAAUAUAAACCUGAUUUUUUUUUUAAAUUGUGAAAGGACAAACAUGACUUUGUAACCAUGUGAGACUAUCAAAGUCUUGGUAGCUGAACCAAAUGUAUUCGCUAAAUUACUACCCCUCUUAUCACAGCAUUGCGAUGAGAAUAUGCAAAAUCAAAUUAGAGAAGAAAAUGCAUAGAUGUCUACACAUUCGGAGAGCCAAAUUGACUUUACCGAUACAUAUGCAAGUGCUAAAAUUGAGGACAAGUUCUUGCCGAAAUUCUGCAAUUCCCCUCCAGGACAAUUGGCCAGGCAGGAAUACACAAAGCUUGGAGGGGAGUAUCAAUCCUCCAAAAGCUAAAAUUUAAAAUUGAAUUUUAGCACCUGAUAGUGACGCACUGGAUGUAAGUGGUUGGAUGCUGUGGUUGUGUAGAUGCUUUUGCUCGGAGCAAUGCGUUUAGAGUAAUUUAAAGUAAACUUAUGACUAUUGUCAGUUCGUAUUGAAUUUCGUCAUUUAAACCAAAGUUUUAAGAUUUUGAAUAUAGUAGGAAACAUAAAAUCAAGUAACACUUGUGAUAUUUAUUGCUAGGAUUUAAAAUAAAAAGUAGUCUUGCUUUCAGUAAUAACCACAGCAUUGGCAGUGAAUAAACAGUUUGCUAAAUAUUUAACUUCCUCAGACAUUAAUAGCAUAAAAUAAAA